AUUACCAGCAGAUGUGCGCGGGGAGCGGGGAGUGACACAGCUGGCAGCGGAGAGGGGCCCCUUAGGGUCUUCCUGUCUGCCUUUGCUCAUUCAGGGAGAUCCGGGAAGACCCCUUGAGAAAGUGACCUUUGAGCUGAGGUCUGAGUAAGAGAAACUACGCAUCAGAAGGGGGUGACAGGAGGAGCGGGCCUGGAGCUUUCCAAGUGGAGGAAACUCUACAAAGAGGUCAGGCAUGAAGAAGCUUUGCAUGUUGGAGGAACUGAAAGCCUGGUGGCUGGGCCAGGCACGGAGCAAUGGGAGGGACACAGCAGGGCCACCGAGGUCAGGCCAGGCCCCAUCCACCUCCGUGGUCUUUAUCUUAAGAAACCUACUUCCGGAGAUGCAGCCGCAGGUUAGGGCGGUGGUGGUGGCGCUGGAAAGGUAGAGGAGGACACACUCGAGAUGCUUCCAAAGACGGGGGCUGGAGGAGUUGCCCAGGAUUCAGACCCCUUGGAGAUCCAGGUGUCCGCCGGCUGCGAGGUGCGCCCCGGGAACACCUCCGAGGACUUCUUCCACGCAGCCGUCCAGGGGGAAGAGAUCCUGAGUUUCCAAGGGUCUCACUGGGUGCCCGCGCCCCAGGCCCCGCGCUGGGUGCACAGGGCCACCAAGGAGCUCAACAAGGACCAGGGGACCAGGAGGACGGUGCGGGAGCUCCUCCGGGACACCUGCCCCCCGUUUGUCAGAGGCCUGCUGGAGGCAGGGAGGUCGGAACUGGAGAAGCAAGAGCGACCCGAGGCCUGGCUGUCCGCGGGCCCCGCUCCCGGGCCUGGCCGGCUGCGGCUGGUGUGCCACGUCUCCGGCUUCCACCCCAAGCCUGUGCGGGUGACGUGGAUGCGGGGCGAGCAGGAGCAGCGGGGCACCCGGCGAGGCGACGUCCUGCCCCAUGCUGACGGCACGUGGUAUCUCCGAGUGACCCUGGACGUGGCUGCCCGGGAGGCAGCCGGCCUGUCCUGCCGGGUGAAGCACAGCAGUCUAGGGGGCCAGGACAUGGUCCUCCACUGGGGGAGGAGCCGCUCCUCCGCGUGGCUGGUCGCCGUGGCCGUGCUGGGGUCCCUCCUGGUGAUCGGGUGCCUUGGAUGCUCAGCCGCCUGGUGCAGGGCGCGCCGCUCCUAUCAAGACAUCUUGUGACUGUGCUCGCCGCACCUGCCCGUGUGGGACUCAGGACCCCAAGGGCCCAGGACGUGGGCGCAGCGGCUGAGGGUGAAGAAAGGCUGCCUCGGGGACACAGGACACUCACAGGGCAGCUCGCAUCACGGCCCUUUAACAGUCUAAGGUCAAAGCUCUUUCUCAGUAAACUGCAAGUUUCUAAGCCGCAA